UCUGGAUUCCUGGGUCUAUUUUAAAUGCUGAUGUCUAUGAAGGUGCAUCUGGCAUUGUGUGGAUGAAUCUCCCAUCUGCAUGAGAAGCAUCUGGAACUAAUCAAAUCCUCCCCCCCCCCUUCCUCAGUUGGUGCUGCUCCUAAAAAAGAUCCCAGGGAAUCAGAGCUCCUUGUACAUUAAAGAGGUUUCAGAUUUCACAGAGGAGUACACUUUUUUUUUUAGUAAAUCCCAGAUUUCUGGGAAAAGCAGUGAGAGAGGGAGGAGAAGAAGGAACUGGGAAGUGACUUGCAGGAGCAGGGAUUGGGGCAGACAUGCGCUGGAGCUCACAGGAUGGAUCUUUUACAUGUAUAAAACCCAGGCACUGAAUAUACCUGCAAGCAAUGUGCUCUGCUGAGAGCGGCCAGAUAGUGAGAGGCACCGAUCCCUACAAGUCUGCCUACGUCAGGAAGCGACUCCUCACUAGCACCAAAGCCCUGGAGAAAUAGGAGCAGUCUCAGAAUCUGAAGCUACGGAGAAGAGCACGACCCAGGGUGUCUUACUGGACUAUUACGCAGGACUGAUUGCAUGCCGGGGUUCAGAAGAAGCGUUUCUGGAGACAUGGAAGCUGCCAGAACACUGCUAGCACUACUCCUAUCAUGGAUCCUGAUGGUGGACUCUCAGAACCUGAUAAAGAACACCAAAGAGCAGAAGCUGGAAGGGCAACUACUAAUCAGUGAGGUUAAUUCGGAUAACCCCGGGCACGACACUGCCGAAUUCUUGGAGCUCUAUCACACCAGUGGGCAAAAUGUGUCUCUUGAUAACUACACGUUAGUCUUUUACAAUGGUAAAACCAACACGGCGUAUAAAGUGUUAAAUCUGUCCGGAAGAUUCACAGACAAAAGGGGAUUCUUCUUAAUUGGAUCGAUUGGGGUGAGCCCAAAGCCUGUCAUUAUUCUGCCCUCUAGCACAAUACAGAAUGGGCCCGAUGCCAUUGCUCUUUAUUUGGGGAAGGGGCCCUACAAGGAGAACAUGAGAGUGACCAGUGAAGGCUUAGUGGAUGCCCUGGUACAUAAGGCCAAGGCCACAGAUCAGGCCGAUGUUCUGCAGAAAGUUCUCACCCCUGGAGCAGAGGCAUUUCUGGAGGACGCUAACUUUCACCCCUCGGAUGAGUCCAUUGGGCGCUGCUUGGAAUUGGAUGGUCAAUGGACUUUUAAAAUGACACACGUGUCUCCUUGGAAUCCGAACUUCUGCAAAGGCUUCCAGGAAAUCAUGAUCAAUGAGGUGCCCUCUCCCUUUGCACAGGAUCUGUAUAUAGAGAUCAAGGGACCCCCUUCCACUCUCCUCUCUGGCUUGGUACUGGCCUUUAUCAGUGGAGAGUCCAAUGAGAUUUACUACUCCACCGACAUUAGAGGUCUGACAGGCAGUAAUGGGCUCUAUUUGAUUGAGGGUGAAAAACAUGACAAUCGAGCCCAACAGACACUGCCUGGUACCGUGCGCCUGAUCACUAAGGGUGCUGGUGCUGUGGCCCUGUACCUGGGGAAGAGUAGCAGGAUUCUACCCAAGACUCCCUUUCCUACCAGCGGUCUGAUUGAUGCUUUGGUCUAUACUGAUAAUGAGGAUACAGUUUCUCAGCCCCUCCAAGAGCUGAAUGUGGGGCAUCCCAUCAUAUUCUGGCAGCGUGGAAAUAGCAGCAUUUCUGCAAGCCGCUGCAACGGGCCAGAAGGCAAACUGUCUGCCUUUCUGCUUACAAAUAGCACUCCGGGCCAGACCAACGACUGCAGACAAGAAAGCCUCCCUGGUGAUGUCCGGCUGUGUUUUAGGACAUCAGAUUGUGCCAUUUGGGAGGGGGAUAAUGUUGUCUCUGAAUUCCUGGCUGCGUUGGCUCAGUCACUGCAAUCUCUCUGCCAGUGUAAUUUAUCCGCCAGCUCCUUCACAGAUGCAAGCCUUACCUGCAACUCCACUUUCCUCACUCUUCACACUCAUCUAAACACCUCGCUCACCCUCCAGAAGGUGGAUUUUCAAGAACUUCACCAACAUUUCGUGACCUUAGGAGACAUGUUUACUGUUGGUAACGGAAAUGUCACUGUGCUGCCAUCAUGUCUUCCUCUUAUUGCCUCUUCAACAUCACCCCCGGCUACAGAUCCUACAACUGAAGUACCUACUACUUCGGGGGGCCCAGAAUUGUUAAUCAGUGAGGUGAACCCCAAUACACCAGGUGCAGCUGAAGAUAUGGAAUAUAUUGAGCUUUAUCACCCAGGAGGAGGCUCCUUCAGUCUGGAUGGCUACUGGCUGGUACUCUACAAUGGGAAGAACAACUUGGCGUAUCUUGCACUAGACCUUAAAGGCAAUCAUACCAAUACUCAUGGUUACUUCCUGGUUGGUAGCAGUAGGUUAAAACCUGUUCCUCACAUCUUGUUACCCUUCAACACCAUUCAGAAUGGAGCAGAUGCAGUGGCCUUGUAUUACCGCCCAACAAAAGGAUACAAGAAGAAUAUGGAGGUGACAGCUGAGGGACUGGUGGAUGCCAUUGUCUAUGUGUCGGAUGUGGGUGAUGAUGCCAAGAGAUUAUUAAAAGUCCUUGCCCCAGGACAGGAGGCAGUCCAUGAGGAUGAAAGGUUUAUUCUUCAAGAUGAGUCUCUGAGCCGGUGCCACGGACUCAAUUUAAAGGACCAGUCCAGCUUCCAGGUCACCAUGAUUACUCCUCUAGCAGAUAAUGACUGUCCAAAAACAGUUCCUUCCAGCCUUCCCUCUGUGACUCCUACCAUACCUAUGUCUUCUCAGCCACUUCCUUCCAUCUAUCCAGUUUCCAUUGUGAUUAAUGAAAUCGGCUUAUUCCGUGGCCCAGAGCUGUACAACUUCAUUGAGCUAAAAGGGCCACCAGAAGGCAAACUGUAUGAGCAUAUUAUAGUCAUGUAUGGCAUGGAUGGGAAGGUAUAUGAUCGUUUUAUUCUACAAGGCACACUGGGUAUAAGCGGAAUCUAUGUGAUUGGCACCAAUAGCACAUCCAGUGAUCAGUUUCUCCAGUUGUCUCAUUCCAACCCUUCCAUUACACAGGCUGUGGCUCUAUACAGGGGUACCCUGGAGAGUUUCCCGGUGGGCAGCAGCGUGACCCAAAAGGACCUUCUGGAUGCAGUUGUGCACUCAUGGGAAGAUGGGGCAGAUGCUGAAAGUCUGAGGGACUUAAGCAAAGACAGGAUAAUAUUACAUGGGGAGCAAAGAUUAUUUUCUGUCAGUCGGUGUUCUUAUGGUAAACGCUCCCACCGACCGUUGCUGCUUCCUGUUCCGCACCCCAGCCCAGGCACCGAGAAUCUGUGUCCCUCCAGCAUCGCCACCUUGCAACUGGAUUUCUGCAUGAAGGACUCCAGUCUAAAUUGCUCAGAGUUGGAGCCAACAGAGCAGAAGACAAUGAACAGCCUAAAGACCACCCUGAGCCUGUCCAUGGAACACCACUGUUCUGGCUUCAUUUCUCCAGCUUACAUACAAGAUUUAAAGCUCACAUGCACCCAAAACCAACUGUCUAUCUCGGGCAACAUUUUGACUUAUCACAGUGACCAACACUGCAUCGAGAGCUGGAACGCGGACUUUAUCACUCAUCCACAGCCAUUCAUACUGCAAGAGAGAUCCUUAGAGCCUCUUACGACUUGCCUAGUCCCAGAGAAGAUGAGAGGAUCCUUCAGGACAUGGCACAUUUCCCUUCUUGUUGUGCUCUUUGUCUUGCUGUUAUUUGGAGCAGUUGCGCUUAUACUUUUCUUGCGGAAAAGGCGCCCUCAGAACUACACAAGCAUUGAAAUGAAUCCCCACCUAGAACUCGCAUAUGAAUACUAAGAGAUACCACAGGAGGCUAAAGGAGGGAAAUAGAAGAUUCUGCUUGAGAUGGAAUCCCCUAGCAAGGACAAUGGCUACAUUGUGUUUUGUUGUGAAACUCGCUACUGGAAAGGGGAACUAUUCAUUCAGAUUAUAAUUGGGACUCUGAAACCUACAACUCGGCAUACUGAUUAACAGCAGUUUAUAGAAGAAGAAGUGGUGUCGCUUAGAGAGCAGGGAAACUAUAGGAGACUGUCUCAAUGGCUAUUGGUGGCAUUGGCUAAUGUAAGGGGCUAGGUCGUUACAGAAGCAGAUGUACUGGUGGCAGUAAAAGCUUCUAUGAAUGUGCACUUCAGAAAUGUUCACUCAUUCAUUCCAUUUUGCUUAUAGAAAAGAACAUUUAAAGCUAAAUGUUCGACUAACUUGAAGAUCCCUGCAGAGUCUCAUAAGGUUUUGGAUUUUCAUUCAGGUCGUGGUAUAUCUAAUACAAGUAAUUCUAAAAAAAACUUCUAAAACAACUAAAACAACGUCUUCAAUGAUUACUUAUAUUAGAUAUAUGGCUUGGUGCAUUAAAUGCUAUAGGGAGAAAUUCAAGGGGAAAGUAAAAAUACAUGCUUUGGCUGGUUUGGAGUGCAGUGAAUUUCCCAAAGGCAGAGGAUGGUUCUUGAGCUUUAGAAUGGUGUUUAUUAAAAGCUGACGCUUCCCAAUCCCUGGCAUGUGCUGUGAUUAGGCACUUUUAAAAAUAUACUUAGAUUUACCUAGACACAUGCAAAGCCAAUGACUAGAGCAGUGAUCCCCAACCAGUAGCAACAUGAUGCUCACCAACCUUUAAUGUUGCUCCCAGUGACCUCAAAGCAGGUGUUUAUUUUUGAAUUUCUGGCUAGAAGGCAUUUUGGUUACAUAAAACCAGAUGUACUGCCAAACAGAACCUCCUGUAGGCUGUCAGUCCAUAUAGGCUACCAAACAGCCAAUCACAGAUCGUUUUUGGCAUCCCCAUAGACUUUUCAUGCUUGUGUUGCUCUCCAAGUCUUUUUACAUUUAAAUGUGGCUCACAAGUAAAAAAGAUUGGGGGACCCCUGCUUUAGAGUCUGUAUCCUCUUGGCUUGGUUAUAGGUUUAAAGUGCCCGUCAUUGAUUUAUGUCGAUAAUUCCGAGUAGAAAAUUCUAGGAUGGUUUAGGGCCCAGACCUGCAUAAUCCAAUCUAAUCAUCCUGAUUUGGCACACUAUUUCAGAGGCAAAAUUGGGCACUGAUUUGCUUGCCCGGAAAUACAAAUUAAUUUUCUGACCUACUAAAGGGCAAAGAAGGGUAAAGAAUACCUAAACUAUUCGGAAAGCAAAAUUUAGAACCUAUUUUCUUGAAGCUUUCCUAACCAGCAUGAAUAUUCCCUUUUUUUUGCCACUACAAAACCACAUAUUGACCCACAAAAUAAGCAAUUUCAUAGGUGUGACAAUUAUCUGUUCUGAUGGUUUAAGCUCUGUACGGUUUAUGGUCAUAAUGUACAUACAUAUUCAUACUAUACGUUGUUGCCUGAUUCCUUUGCCAUGGCUUUUAAUUUUAGUUUCAAAACUUCUCAUUGAAUGGUGGGGCAAGAGCUGUCAGUCACUGGGUGCUCCCAGUUGGCAAGGAUCCACUUUCUUGCCAGUAUAAAGCAAACUUUUCAACAUUUGAAACUGUAUUAUUUAGAAUUUUUCCAUUAUACUAAAUGUGCUAAUGUCAAACAGGGACAAGGCAGCUUUCAACCCAUACAUUGUUCAAUAAUUAAAAACUGUUCCAAAAGCAUGGAACUCUAUAUGGAAUUUAAAGGGGACCUGUCACCUUAAGAAAUUAUAAAUCCUAUUUUAUAAUGUUAUUCAACAAAAUAAACUUUACUAACUGUAUACAAAUUAUUUAAAUCUUGUUUAGGGAUCUUUUUGGGAUUCACAAUCACAGCAAGCAGGCAGGCGCCAUUUUGUAGACACUGUUAUUAAAACAAGCUUUGAAUCGUGCCAAAAUAUUGUUUAUGUGCCAGAAUGGGGGAACGGAUACCCCUGCCCUUGCACUGGAGGGGAAUGUGGGCAGUGCAGUUAAAUCUAGGGAGUUGAAAAUGGAAAGUGAAAGUAAUUACCUGCCCCGCCCCUAUGCCUAAAGCUAGAGGAGGGGCAGGCAAUAUAUGAUUGACAGCUGAGACAUUUAAACAAGCUUAUAACAGGUAUGGAUAUUUUAGUAGCAAAAAUAAUUUGGGUUUCAUGUUUAAUUUAAAAAGGACUUUUAUUAUACAGAUUUUUAUGUCUGGGUGACAAGUCCCCUUUAAGAAAGAUUUUUCAUAAAUUUGUUUUGCAGAUUGUCAAUUUAAAAAAAUGAAUAAAGUUGAAUAUACUUUUGUACAUAAAGAA